AGGGAGUAAUCCAGACUGAUUUUGUACGGAUUAUUUUGUAGAGCCGACAAAGUGAAAAAACACAUGAAAAGCUGUGUGAAUUGCGAGGUCGGUAAUGGUCCUUCAUCACCGGAUAGCACUAGUAGUGAUGAUGGCGAAACCUCCGAUGAUCAAAGCUGAGCAUCCUCUCCCUUCCGGCCUCACUUUUCCCGGUGCGUCUGAAUCUCAUCGCCGCCGCCGCCGCGACCUCGUCUUCGUUGUCAAUCCUCGAGGAGCUAAUGGAAAGACUGGCGAGCAAUGGAAGUCGCUGCUACCUCACCUCAGGUCUACACUCUCUAACAACUAUAACAUAUGCGAGUCUUUGACAUCAGGCCCCCAUCACGCCAUUGACAUAACAAGGGAGGCCAUACAUGAGGGAGCUGAUGCGGUGAUUGCUGUUGGUGGUGAUGGAACACUACACGAGGUUGUUAAUGGCUUCUUCUGUGGUGGUAAACCUGUUUCCAGUCAUGAUCCAGAGUCUACAUACUCAACUGCUCUCGGUCUCAUUCCUUUAGGAACUGGAUCAGACUUCGCCAGAACAUUAGGAUGGAAAAAUGAUCCUCAUGAUGCUAUCGAGCGCAUCCUUGUAGGGACAAAAUCUAGGGUUGACAUUGGAUCUAUAAGCGGAGAGAGUGGAGAACCACAUUACUUCAUCAAUGUUGCUGAUAUACAUUUAAGUGCAAAGGCUGGUUAUCAUGCAUCAAAGUACAAGAAAUUUGGAAAUUUGUGCUAUGUAAUUGGUGCUUUGCAGGCUUUUUUUGGACACCACAACCAGGAUCUUAGGAUCAAGGUUGAUGAUGGUGAGUGGGAAGUAUAUCCACAAGUAACUGCUUUAUGCAUAGGGAAUGCAAAAUACUUUGGCGGGGGAAUGAAAAUCACACCCAAUGCUAACCCAACAAGUGGUAACUUCGAGGUUGUUACUCUUCAGAAUUUCAAGUGGUAUGAUUUCAUCCUUAAUCUACAUAAGCUGUACAAUGGAACACAUCUCUCCGUCAAAAAUGUUAAUUCAAGAAGUGCUCGUUCAAUCGAAGUUGAGGAGGUGGGUAGCAGCGGCAGGAGUAUUUAUGUUCAGUCUGAUGGGGAGUUUUUGGGGUUCCUACCCAGGAAGCUUCACAUAUUACCGGGUGCCAUUGAAAUGAUAUGCUAAUGAUGAUGAAUACAGCAGUCAGCGCAUGCUGCACCAGCUUAUGAUGAAACUUGAUGUUGUUUUGCCAGAAGAGUAAUGCUAGGGGUACAAUUUUGACAUACGAUGUAUUUUUCAUCUUUUAGUAAAUUUCUUCUGGAAUUGUUAUUUAUAUUGAAUUGAAUGUACUCCCUGUCCCAAAAUAGAUUAUAUUCUUUACUAUUCUAGCAUUCUGGAAAAAUGGUCCUCAUGAUGCUAUCGAACUCCGGGUUGAAAGAGUGCUGUUUAUAAAAGUUACGUUGUUCCCCGUUAUUUCAGUCUUCCAUUGUUAAGCUUUUGGUCUCGAUUUCCUCAGUGCUCGUUCAAUCGAAGUUGAGGAGGCGGGUAGCAGCAGCGGGUGUAUUUAUGUCGAGUGUGAUGGGGAGUUUUUGGGGUUCCUACCCAGGAAGCUAGCUUCACAUAUUACCCGGUGCCAUUGAAAUGAUAUGCUAAUGAUAAACACAGCACCUGUUGCACCAGCUUAUGAUGAAACUUGAUUUUCACUUCUGGAUUCUUCCAGGAGGUUGUUUUGAAUUCUUCAGCAUCCUAUCUAUAAGAAAGACUGUAAUUUUCU